AUGCCUUGUUUUUCGCACGAAGACUUCAUGAGAGAGUUCGUCUUCCCUGACGAACCGGCACAAGACUUCGAACGUGCUGGCAUUCCUGCUCAGUAUGCCUCUGGUCACCCAAAAGAUUGGUCGCAAGCGUGCGAUGUCCUCAACUUCAGUGCCGAUCUGAACCAGCAUUCUCAAAGCAAACACAGAAGCUACUAUACUGCUAUUAGUUCUGAUAAGAAGUUGUUGGCCAUCAGCACCGAUGCAGAGCGUAUCUUGGUAUACAACGUCGCGUCCCGAGAGCUGUGCGAAGUCCUUGAAGGGGCGGGAUCUGUGGCCUUUCGGCCUUCUAAUACUGAUGAAGAAAGCCUUAUAGAUAACGAUCAAGCCAUGGAUGGAGGGACUCCAAGACCAGGCUACACCCUUAUCAGCUCCGUCUCUGACGAUGCUUAUCGCGGCGGCCGUCGCGCCAACCAGCUCAUCCUUUGGGAUCUGGACCAGAAUGGCCGCAUAAUCGACAAAGAAGAGCCCAUCGAUUCCGCCCUCUUGGCUACCAAAGCCAUAGAUGCGAUCGCACCAGAUCUUGCAGCGAGCCACGAGUGGACAAGGGAUUUCAUCAAUACUUCCAAACUUCAUACUGAGUUUAUGAAAUCGCUCAGUAAGGUAGCCGCCGAUCAUCGCAGGCGUCAUAACACUAUCAUCGACAAUGCGGAGCUCGCGAGUUUCGGGUCGGUCAACUUCAGCAAUGAUGGCAAACUGCUGUUGUAUCAUUCAAAGAAUCGAUCUACCCAACAGGGUAUGCGCACAUCACAGAAUCUGCCCGCGGCUGUCAUAUAUGACUUGGAAGCAGGCGUCGAGAUCCACCGCCUCACUGGACAUACGGAUGCCAUUAUGUGGUCGGCUAUCAGUCCGAAUAAGGAGUGUGUUGCUACGGUGUCCUGGGAUGGAACGCUGCGUAUGUAUUCGGUCUCUACUGGAGCACUCAUGUGGGUCACAGAGAAUUCCGGUGGGCAGAGCUGGGCUGGCGCAUUCUCACCAGACUCGAAGCUCAUCGUUUGGAGUUCCAAAGGUGGCCGAGCGGUACAAGUCCAUGAUGUUUCUGACGGGCGGAAGACGGCUGCUAUGCAAGAUGCUUUUUCCGAUUGGUGCCGAUGCCUCGACUGGCAUCCGACAAGACCGGAGAUUGCACUUUGCGUAGGGAAAUCUGCGUACGUAUGGGAUCCUUCGGAUGGUCCCCAUGGCAAAGUUCUCCAGCAUUUCAAACUUGAAAAUGAGAAGGGACUUUUUCGCAUGUCGGAGAUUCAGGAUGUUCAGUGGAUGGACGAGGGUCGAUUACUAGGUGUCGAAUCCAACGAAGGUUCGAUUCUGAUUUACAAUACCGAGAACAACGCGAAAGAGUUGUUCCGGCGGUCUGCUGGUACGAUGGCUGGUUAUGUCAAAGGCGGUCUCUACGGCAUCGUUCAAGACAAAGAAGAGCACGAUGUUUACCUCAGUGUCGACGGCGAUGGGAAGGUACGGUUCUGGCGGACAAGUGUCCCAGCCUUUCCGUCAUGGUGGGAGAAAGAACCAUCAUCGACGGCGGUGGAAAAGAAAGCAUUUCCCGAGACGGGAAAGUAUGUCAAAAUCACGAAGAGUUCGAACAAAGCACCACCACAAAACGAAUCCGAAAGAAAGAGUUGGGCUGGAAGAGGUGCAGCACUGUGGACUGCCGAGUAA